AGCAGUCUCUGAUCAGUUCAAAUCCAGCGUUUCGCGACGAUACUCGCGAACCAGAGAGCGGCUGUGUUAAACAAAAUUUCUUCUCUCAUCGAAGUGCUUCGUUCCCUGUUCGUUCGCGUCGUCGACGAUGACACGCCGGUGCGUUAAAACGUGCAGGUGAAACCAGUAUCUUUCCCUGCUAGAGGGAACGUCCUAGCAUCAGCGCCACUUCCGGUCUUCUUCAUUCACAAGUUUGACACAGUGAUCUUCCGAAACGAUUCACGUGGAACGAUUCUUUUCUGCUCUUUGGUGAAUUGGCUGCUGAUCGACGCGGAGCAAGAUGUGGAACAACCUGACCUGCGUGGACGAUUUCCUGAAUCGAGCCUUUCACAAGUUAGGUUUGGUGGUCGGCCGUCAUCCUGGUUACUUCGUGAUCGUUCCGGUUCUCCUGGCCUGCAUCUGCUUCACCGGAUACCAGAGGAUCCAUUACGAGAUCGACCCGGAGUAUCUGUUCUCGCCGACAAAUGGACCGAGCAAAACGGAACGAGCCAUCGUCGAGCAGUACUUUAAGGUCAAUUACAGCCAGAGAUUCAAUUUAGGUCGCAUCACUAGGCCAGGUCGAUUCGGUCACGUGAUCAUCACAUCGAAGGACGAAGACGAGAAUCUGUUGAGAACAGUUAUAUUCGACGAGCUGAAGGAGCUGGACAACAUCAUCAGGACUGCCAAAGCUACCUACGAAGGGGAGGAGUUCACUUACAGUCAAAUUUGUGCCAAAUGGUUGGACACCUGUUUCACCAAUGGCAUCUUGAACCUCCACUAUGUCAUAGAUGAUGUGGAGCAGAAGAAGCUCAACUUGACUUUCCCAGUGACGUUGAAUCCGGUCACCUGGGACAUCCAUCUACUGCCAGUUUACUUCGGAGGCAGCGUAAUUAACGAGGACCUGGUGAUAGAGUCUGUACCCUCUUUACAGCUAGGCUACUUCCUUACCACUGAUAAUCCACGUCAGGAUGCAAUAGGAGCAGCCUGGGAGGAAGCAUUUCUGGAGGUGAUGAGGAAAGUAGAAGAGGAUGGAAUGUUCAAGCACAUCGCUACCGCCAGGUUCGCCUCGAGGACCUUGGAACUGGAGCUGGAGGAGAACACCAAGACGAUAGUGCCUUAUUUCUCGAGCACGUUCCUCCUGAUGGCACUGUUCUCCGUGGUAACAUGUAUGAUGACCGAUUGGGUGCGUAGCAAGCCUUGGCUAGGCCUUCUUGGCAACGUUUCUGCAGCAAUGGCCACUGUUGCUGCCUUCGGUCUCUGUAUAUACCUCGGAGUGGACUUCAUCGGGCUCAAUCUGGCUGCUCCGUUCCUCAUGAUCGGUAUCGGAAUAGAUGAUACCUUCGUGAUGCUGGCUGCCUGGAGGAGGACCAGUAUCAUGAAACCUGUGCCUGAGAGAAUGGCUGCCACUCUGAGCGAAGCCGCUGUCUCGAUUACCAUCACCUCUCUGACAGACAUGAUCUCGUUUUUCAUCGGAAUACUUUCACCUUUCCCUUCUGUUCAGAUCUUUUGCAUUUAUUCAGGAUUCGCUGUCGUUUUCACCUUCAUCUUCCACCUGACCUUCUUCACCGGCUGCGUGGCGAUCAGCGGCUACUGCGAGCAGAAGAACCUCCACAGCGUGCUCUGCUGCAAGGUGCAACCGCUCUCCAAGUCCACGCAUCGCUCGUGGCUCUACAGAGCACUGUGCUCCGGCGGGAUAGAUCCUGAUGAUCCGUACAACCCUGUAGACAAUCCAGAACACGGGUGCAUGAGCUGGUUCAGAGAUUAUCUGGCUACCGCGCUGAACUGUAGGCCUGUCAAGGUUGUCGUCAUCCUGAUAUUCGCCUGUUACUUGGCUGGAGCACUUUACGGUUUGACGACUCUUCAGGAGGGCUUGGAUCGUCGCAAGCUCUCUAAGAACGACUCAUAUUCCAUUGUUUUUUACGACAGACAGGACUACUACUUCAGAGAGUUUCCGUACAGGAUACAGGUGGUGGUUAGUGGCCAGUACGACUACAGCGAUCCAGUGAUCCAGCAGCAAGUGGAGAACCUGACGAGAUCGUUGGAGGCCAGCAAGUACAUCAGCAGCGCUCCAAUCUACACGGAGAGCUGGCUGAGAAGCUUCAUCAGCUAUGCGAACAACAGCGAAGCCGACGUGGAUAUUAGCGACGAGAAGAGCUUCAUCAAAGUAUUAAAGGACAUCUGGCUGUUCGCGAAAAGUAGCUACUCCCUGGACGUGAAGUUCGACGAGACCGAGGAGCAUAUUAUAGCUAGUAGAUUCCUGAUUCAAGCGGUGAACGUCAGUGGUACCAAUCAGGAGAAGGACAUGGUGAAAGAGUUACGUCGAAUUUGCACUGAUUCACCGUUAAACGCCAGCGUCUUCCAUCCUUACUUCGUCUUCUUCGAUCAAUUCGAACUGGUGAAACCAACCAGCAUCCAGUGUAUGGUAUUCGGUGCUCUGAUUAUGAUGCUGAUCAGCUUCAUCUUCAUACCUAAUGUAUUAUGUUGCCUGUGGGUGGCAUUCUGCAUCAUCUCCAUCGAAUUAGGCGUGGCUGGCUACAUGGCCUUAUGGGACGUGAAUCUGGACAGCAUUUCCAUGAUCAAUCUGAUUAUGUGCAUAGGCUUCAGCGUUGAUUUCACUGCUCAUAUAUGCUACGCCUACAUGAGCUCCAGACAGAAGACUCCGGAGGACAGAGUUAAGGAGAGUCUGUACAGUUUGGGCCUGCCGAUAGUCCAGGGAGCCACAUCGACGAUCUUGGGGCUCGUAGCCCUGGUUCUAGCUGGAACGUAUAUCUUCCUGGUAUUCUUCAAGAUGGUGUUCCUGGUGAUCUUCAUAGGAGCGAUGCAUGGAAUGUUUCUGCUCCCUGUUCUAUUGUCCCUAUUCGGUCCCUCGUCUUACAAAGAUGUCACGACAGACCCAGAUAAGACUCAGCAGAGGAAACUCCCAGGAAAGGACCUGGCCUGUAAGCUUCAGCAGCCCUACGUGAUUCCACAUCCAACUCUGACAUACUAUCACCCCUCAGGAGCCACCAAGAGCCUCCAAGGCAGUCCUGCGACCAGUCUAGCAGCCUUCGAAGAGAGGGAUCCAGGUCUAGGGACCAGUGAAGACAGCAAUUCGACAGAAAGUGGCUCCUCUCAGAGCAGGAGAAGGGAAGGACAAUUGGAACAGGAGAACCAAAGGCGUCACGACAUAUGGAGGAAGUCCAUAGGCAUCCUUUAUGGGACAUCUCAGUUCCAGACAGCCUCACAGCCUACUGCACCACCUCCAGACUAUGCUGGUGCUGGUCAGCAGCUUCAGAGUGAUCAGGAUCGUCGAGCAACUAGAACAGUGUCUUAUGUGGGUCCUUGUCCAGCCUACAGGUCUGCCAAUCAGUUGCACAGGGAUCACAGGAGGAGUGGGUCGUACCAUAAUCUUCAGCAUUCGUCGAGGUACCUGACUGAGCCACGUUAUCCUUAAGUAGAAUGAUGGUAGCCUAUUGUGUAUGGGAACCUUUACCUCUGACCCUCAUCAUCCUGUCCAGGAGACGGUCAUCGACAGUAUCAUUUGUAUUUUAUUGAAAACUGACAGGCUUCCUUGACUGCCGACGAUCCCUCCAAUGCUGUAAAUAUUGAUUGGUGGAUGAUUGAUCAGUUGGAUCCGUGGGGUUCCUUCGUUGAACAGGAUUUUUGGUGAAUAGAGAACUCAAGUGACUCGUUUUUUCAAGUGUGAGGAACACUGUACCAUAUAGCGAGCUAGCUCCUUCCCAAUGUGACCACUCUGGUCUACGCUUUUUAGAGCUCCCAAGGCCAAUUAUUAUGAAAAAUUUCGACUCGUUGAGGGAGCUUGAAAAGUUCAGACAUGGGUGAUCAGUACAGUGAAUUUGAUACGUUUAUACUUUGAGCCGUAUGCAUGAUGACGAACUUCUUCUUUAUUUAGUUUCAGCGUCGAAUUUCGAGAUGUAUAGGUUAAGUUUUAUCUGUAACCAGCAGGCAACGGCAGUUACCGUGCGCGAGUCAAACAGGGAUCGUGGAAAAUAAUAGUGGAGGAUGGUUCUCCGCGAUCCACGAAAUCUGCUCAAAUGGAAAUCAAAACCAAAACGUAACAGCAGGGAGGUCCAAUUUAAAGUAAACGAGAAAAGAAAAGAAAAGAAAUUGGGCAACUUUAAUAUUCGUGCCUUAUGAAGAAGUGUGUUCUUGUUUGAAAAAAGAAAAAAAAAAAAUUAAAAAUAUACAAAAAUGGGUCCACGACCAGAACUGAAGGAAGAAAAUUUCUUUUCCUGACAUUUUGUCAUGACCUUGCGUCAGAAUGUGACACGUGAUAGGGAGUCAAUUUUUACAUGUUUCUCGGGGGAACACGCAGCGGACAUGUUUGCUUCCUCCAUUUUGAAAUAUUCGAUUUUCGGAAUUUUCUGGAACCCUUUUUUUUUAGCCUGAAUACAUUUUUUAUAAAUAUUCUUCGCUACAGCUUCCAAGUGGCUGAAGCAAACACAUCCAGCGUGUUCAGCACAACUAUUUCUGUAUAGCACUAAUAAAUAGUAUGCGUGUUGGUGAGUGAGAGAGUGCAACGAAUAAUAUGCACCGUCACAGACUGGCUGCUGCCAUUGGAAAUGUUCUUGUAAGCGAAAUAUAUUCUGGUAAUUAUUCCCUCACGACUAUAUCCCAGAAUUGUAACCAUCGCGUUAUUUUUAUGCAAAUUCACAAAGGUAACGUGUCAUAUCUAACCAGUUAAAACAGGUAUCAACUGAUUCUCUCCAUAAACAAAAUUUCUUAAAAUUAUUUUCACUCGAAAUAAAUUACAGUUGGACAAAAUCUUCAUGUAAAACAGAACCUCUAUGUAGAAUGAAUAAUUCUCUAGCAAGAGUACAGAAGACAACCAUUUACCAAGGCAACUUGCCAGUGGUCGGUUUAGGUUAUGUUACCAUAUCAGCAGACCUAUUCCCACGAAUCACUGGAUAACAUUCGGUGUUCCAACCUCUAUUUAUCGACUUUACAGAGGACUUAAAAUAGGUAUC